AUGGCGGCCAACCACCACCUCCGCCGCCUCGCCUCCGCGUCCGCCCCCGCUCUCUCCCGCCUCUCCAAGCCCCCUGCCUCGCCGCUCCUUCGCCCCGCGUUCUCCAGCUCCGCCUCCCCCGCGGAUCAGCCGGCGGCAGCAGUGGGCGCCGCUGCAGCCGAGAAGGGCGAGGCCCGGGGCGCUGUGAAGGAGGAAGACGAGCCGCAGGCCGGUGAUGCUAGUGCGACCGCGACGAAGGCGGGGGAGGAGGAGGAUGACGGCGGCCUGGACCUCCUCCUCUGCCCCGGUCUCCCGUCACAGUCGGCCGCAGGACGUGGAUUUUUAGAACAGCUGCACCCCGGCCCUGCGUGGCAAAGUUUUCCAUCUAGAAUCUAG